AUGGACAGCUUUCGCAAGAUCGACAUUGACCAGUACGACGAGGAUGCAAUCUCGAACGAGGAGCUCGUAGAACCGUUUCCCAAGUCGGCGGAGCAGGCGCUAGCCGACGCAAAGGCCAAGUCGACCGAGGUCAGAUCGUUGAUCGGGAGGGGAGACACGGCAGGUGCAUUGACGCUCGUGCUCUCGGACUACCCUUAUGGACCCAAUGUCGAAGACGCCAAGCACCUCACACUGCAAUCGCUCCUCGAAAUCGUCAACAGCACCAAGUCGAGCGACAUUUCCUCCGCCGUCAAAUCCAUCUCGAUCGACCAACGCGAUGCCCUCAUGAAGUACCUCUACAAGGGCCUCGAGCUCGGCGGAGAGGGAGAAAGCAUCAACUGCGCCGUGCUUCUCGGCUGGCACGAACGGUUGACCGAAGUCGCCGGAACCGGUUGCAUCGUCCGCGUCAUGGCGGAUCGCCGUAGAGUGUAA